AAAUGCUGCUGUUAACAUGGAAAUUUCAGAAUCUGUUGUGGAAAAUGGAGAGACAGAAAUGUCCCCCGAAGAGUCAUGGGACCACAAAGAAGAAACAAGUGAGGCGGAGCUAGGAGGUGGUCCCGCAGGGGAUGCAGGGCCUUCUGAAGAAAACACUCAGGAAAUGAUGGAAGAAGAGGAGGAAAUACCAAAACCGAAAUCUGUUGUAGCACCACCAGGUGCUCCUAAAAAAGAGCACGUAAAUGUAGUAUUCAUUGGGCACGUAGAUGCUGGCAAGUCAACUAUUGGAGGACAAAUAAUGUAUUUGACAGGAAUGGUUGACAAAAGAACACUUGAAAAAUACGAAAGAGAAGCUAAAGAAAAAAACAGAGAAACAUGGUACCUUUCAUGGGCCUUAGACACAAACCAAGAAGAACGAGACAAAGGUAAAACAGUAGAAGUGGGUCGUGCCUAUUUUGAAACUGAGAAGAAACACUUCACUAUUCUAGAUGCUCCUGGACAUAAGAGCUUUGUUCCAAAUAUGAUUGGUGGGGCUUCUCAAGCUGAUCUUGCUGUGCUGGUUAUUUCUGCAAGAAAAGGAGAGUUUGAAACUGGAUUUGAGAAAGGUGGACAAACAAGAGAACAUGCCAUGUUAGCAAAAACAGCAGGUGUAAAACAUUUAAUAGUUCUUAUUAAUAAAAUGGAUGAUCCAACUGUAAACUGGAGUAAUGAAAGAUAUGAGGAAUGUAAAGAGAAACUGGUGCCAUUUUUGAAGAAAGUUGGUUUCAAUCCCAAGAAGGAUAUUCAUUUCAUGCCCUGCUCAGGACUGACUGGAGCAAACCUUAAAGAACAGUCAGAAUUCUGUCCUUGGUACAUUGGAUUACCAUUUAUUCCAUACCUGGAUAAUUUGCCAAACUUCAACCGGUCAGUUGAUGGACCAAUCAGGCUGCCAAUUGUGGAUAAAUAUAAGGAUAUGGGCACUGUGGUCCUUGGGAAGCUGGAGUCGGGCUCUAUUUGCAAAGGACAACAGCUUGUGAUGAUGCCAAACAAGCACAACGUGGAAGUUCUUGGAAUCCUUUCUGAUGAUGUAGAAACUGAUUCGGUAGCCCCAGGUGAAAAUCUAAAGAUCAGACUGAAGGGAAUUGAAGAGGAAGAGAUCCUUCCAGGAUUUAUUCUCUGUGACCCCAACAACCUGUGUCAUUCUGGACGCACAUUUGAUGCCCAGAUAGUGAUAAUUGAGCACAAAUCCAUUAUCUGCCCAGGUUAUAAUGCUGUGCUGCACAUCCACACCUGCAUUGAAGAAGUUGAGAUAACAGCCUUAAUCUGCUUGGUAGACAAAAAAACAGGAGAAAAAAGUAAGACACGGCCCCGUUUUGUGAAACAAGAUCAAGUAUGCAUUGCCCGUUUAAGGACAGCAGGAACCAUCUGCCUUGAGACGUUCAAAGAUUUCCCUCAGAUGGGUCGCUUUACCUUGAGAGAUGAGGGUAAGACCAUUGCAAUUGGAAAAGUUCUGAAACUGGUUCCAGAGAAGGACUAAGCGUUUUUCUCAAUGACCCCCGCACAAUACUGUGAGGAGAAUCGACUCUGCAAAAGCCUACUUCACACCGCCUUCUUAUUUUCUGCCCAUUGAGAAACUUCUCCCCAUAUUUUGCAAAGACAAAUUUCACAGCAAAGGUCCACAUUACGUCAGCUUUCUCAUAUUGAGAGCUCUGCUAUGCCACUGUUGAAUUUUCCCAAAAAGAAUUUUUUUUUUCUCCCAAAUUCUGCUUCCUUGGAAAGAAUCGGCAAUAGCUUUGUAAGUGAUGUGGACAUAAUUGCCUAUAAUUAUGAAAAUCUAAAGGAUUUUUAAUGUUUAAUUUCCCCCAGCAUAUAUAUUAAGACCUCUUUUUUCCAGGCAGAUCAUUCAGACUGUGCGAGUGUGUGUGCACAUGUUAAAAAGAUGACUACCAUGUUAAUAAACUAUUCAAUUUGAAAUCU